AUGCUCGCGGCGCCACGAAGAGCGCGCACGCCAUUCGAGCUCGAGGCGCUGCACCCCGCGUGUGGACCGGUUCGCGGCGGUACCGAGCUCGUCAUUUCAGGCGCGCAUUUCAACGGCACCUUUGACAUCCCACGCCGCGUCUCGGAUGUCCACCUGCGCUCGCCGCUGCACGAGACCGACGCCAAAGUGCGCUUCCAGCUCGGCGAUAAGAUCUUGACCCAAGUCAAAGCCAAGCUUCUCUCAUCCAAGAAGCUACUGUGCACGACACCACGAUUCAACGAGCCAGUCCGCAGCACCAACCAUGCAAACUGGGGAAGUGUGACGAUCUGUGUGAGCCUUGAAGACAGCACGUUUGUCCCGUGCCGUCAGCGCUACCAAUAUUACCUACCUACCUAUAUCUGUGACCUCGAUCCACCGACAAUCCCAGAGCCAGAUCGUGUCAGGCUCACACUGCGUGCGCACCUCAGCGUCGGGGAGACGCCCCAGACACCAAUGACGGACGUCGAGACCUUGCUGCAGCGGCGCCUCGCGUCGCUGCUGUCACCGUCCGUACAGAUUCAACGGCGCGUCGACCAACACACAUGGCGCGUCAUGGGCAGCGUUGACACCACGGAUAUGAUGCAACUCGCCGUCGAGUUCCCGGAAGACGCUGGUGUCGGGCAAUAUACGAUAGCGUUUGCUUGGAACGGCGUCGACUUUGACGUGCCAUCGCCGGUGCCAUCGAGCUCCGAGUGGGCCGACUGGGGCCUGCACAACCAGUUUGAGAUUUUUCGGCCGCCGUCGUUGCGCAGUGUGCGGCCGCACGCAUGCUUCUACCUCGAAGGCCAAACACUUCACCUCGACUUUGACGCGUGGCAAGCGCCAGGCGUUCGCCCAGCCUCCCACGCAAUCGUUCGGUUUGAGCGCGAGUGCAAGACGUCGAGUCACUGCGAGGACUACAAGGUACUCGUGCCCAUGGCCGAUGGCGAAUUGAGGUCCAUAGCGGUCACGACGCCUUGGUUCCACGAAGCUGGCUUGUACGACAUUGCUGUUUCCGUCAAUGGCGGAGUGCACUUUACGCGCUGUCCGAUCCAGCGACUGCUCGUGUACCAUAAGCCGCUCUGCGAGUUUGUUUCGCCCGAGUAUGGCAUCUCGCGUGGCAACACGGAGCUGAGUCUUCGCAUCGCGUUUGCCCACCCACGCGUCCAUGAAGACCACCCGCUGGUGCCGCUCGAAGAUGCCAAUGUUGAAGCCUGCGCGCCGACGCUAUAUGUGCGCUUCACCCUCGAUGUCUCGGGCGCGGUCUUGGCGACCGUGCCGGCCACGCUCAGCAGCUGCCACCGAUUCGUGCAGUGCCGAAGCCCGAAAAACACAGACAUCGAGUCCUUCCAGUAUUCGCAAGUUGAAGCCGUGGCCUUGUCGCUGAGUUUCGACGAUGUGCACUACUUUGCUCUCGCACCAAAAAAGCCGUUCCGGUACUAUGCACCGCCGCGGUUGCGGGCCUUCUCGACGACGCAUGGGCCCUACUCGGGGGGCACGCCGCUCAUUAUCGACUUGUGGCAUCCGCUGCCCGACUGCAUUUCGUCUCGGGUUCGAUUUCGGUGCCUGAAGACGCUGGUCGUGCGGGACGCCGCCGCGAGCACGCACAAAGCGCAGCCAUCCAGUCUUGUGUGCGUCGUGCCGCCGUGGCCGCGGUCCGACGACGGCGAUACGAAUGAUGUGGGUGAUGGCGAACCGUACAAGCUCGUGCUUGUUGAAGUGACACUGAACGGCGUCGACUUCCACACGGAUACCAUGCAGCUCGUCGCCAACCCGAACGCGUUCUUUCGAGGGCUCAGCUCGUGCUUUCUGUACUACCGCCCGCCGCGCAUCUUCUUCGUCUCGCCAGCGUAUGUGCCGACAACGGGGACCAUUCCUGUCGUUGUGCACGGCGACGACUUGAACGAUUAUGGCGGCACCAUCCAAGUCGCCUUCUCCAACGGCGCGUCGACGCGCUACGUACCGGGGCGCACGGAUGGCCCGGGGGUUGUCUGCACUGCGCCGCCGUUCGCUGCUGGUGUCUGCAAUGUGGCCGUGGCACUGAAUGGCCAGCAGUUUACGGGCGACUGGAACGGCCGAGGCGACUGCACGACGACAGAUCUCGAUUCGCAAGUGCGGUUUUUUGACGUGCCAAUGUUUUCGGCCCUGGCCCCUGCAAGAGGGCCGCUCAAGGGGGGUACCCUGAUGCAGAUCUUCGGCACGGGCUUCGUCGAAACAGGCGCGCUCGAAGUGCGCUUCUCUGCAUCCGACAUUGAGUAUGAAGAAAUCGUUCCAGGUCUUGUGACCGACGGAGUGCUUCGGUGUACGACGCCCCGCUGCCCCAUCGAGUACACUGUCGAUAUUGCGUGGUCCUUCUCCGACCGCGUCUUCCUUGAGCCUGACCAAAAACAUCGGCGGGCGACAUUCACCUACGCGGCCAAAUAG